AUGGCGAUAAAUUUUGUUUUGUGUAAUGCCAGUCUGGAGCUGCACCGCGAAAGGUCUCACAAGCGGCGGUCGCUCCCUCAGUCGUUCACGCUGUUGAACGAGGAGGAUCACUACCGAGAAGUCGCAACUUCCAAGCCUUCGGAACAGGACGCAGAUCAAAAUUUGGAGGAAGAAGAUGUGACCGAGGAUUCCGCUGCUUCCGAGGGGAAGUUCCGCCGCCGCAACUGGAAGGAUGUGCGUCCUGACAUUUUGCACUUUUGUCUACUUGCACUCCACGAUUCGAUCCUAAACAAGGAAGGGCGUAUGUGCAUUUGGGUUCACACUCUUAACUCCCAACUGUACCGCUUUUACCCUGCAUUUCGUAUUCCUCGUACCUUCAAGGUGUUCAACAAGGUUAUGGCCAAGUACCUGCAUACCAACGCGCGGUGCCUGAAACCCGAAGGAGACGAUGCGACAGUGCUGGUUGAGCGCAUGGACCAGCGUCUUGAGGAUUUAGGUGAGGGGGGUGUAAAGGUUGCAGUGUCCAGUCGUGGUCGGCUACAGUGCGCCGAGACCUUCUUCGCGGACACGGUGAAGGACGAUCUCGGCAAUUUGUGGAUAUAUGUAUCCUUGAGCCACUACACACCACUACCUGUUCCCAACGAAUCUGGGAUACUUUGCGUUGCCGACCUCCACAAGAAGUACCUGGACCGUGCUAACAGUACGCCAGUCAAGCCCACCUAUUCGCAGGAUCUCGAAGAUGAGCUGUUAACUGAGGAGACAACAACUAGCAAGCCGGAACCAAGUUUCGAUCACAACAUAUCCAUCUCCACAACCUACCCUACCGCCAUGAGCACCUGUUACAAGCUGGUGUGUGCUAUUGAGCGUGCGUUGGACAUGUAG